CAAUUCAGUUCUGUUAAGGAUAUUAAAGACUACGGAUUGGGUCACGCGACGUCGCGUAUAUAUAAUAUACAGUUUAUUCUGUUCUAUUCCUGCUCCCAACUCCUUAUUAGCAGCCAUUCGUUGCCGUUUUGCGGUUGUCGUUGUCGCUAUCGUUGCCGUUGUCGUUGUCGUUGCCGUUGCGAAAAGUGAAUCGUCAACAAUUGUUGAUAAUGUUGUUUUUGAUUUUUUUGCAUUGCGAUUUUGUGAAAUAAAAUAAAUAAAUAAAACAAAGUGUAAACACUGAGCAUAAUAUGCCAGAUAUCCUGCAACACCAACCAAAAGCAGCAGCAGCAGCAGCAACAGCAGCAACAACAAAAAAGCGACAGCAACAGUCAACAGUGAGCCAAAGCAACAACUUGAAAGAUAGCGACAUUUGCAUUUGAGGGCUCACAUGUUCACAACAACAACAACAACAACAAUAAGAAGAAGAAGAAGAACAACAACUCAGCCAAAUACACAGCACAUUUUGGUUGUUCUGCUGGUUACGUUGAUUAAAGUGCGCUGUUACAUCUAACUCAUCUGCACGCCACGCACAAACAGACAGACAGACAGUCAGAGACUUACAUACAUAUGUACAUAUAUGUACAUACAUAUACAUACAUUAAGAGUCAAACUCAAACGUUUCAAGAGACAUUAAGAUUGGGACGCCUAAGCUCAACACUUCGCCGCCUCCUCCAACCACUUCGCCACUCGCCAUUCGCCACUCGCCUACCAAAGGCGCUAAGUAGCAGCUCUCAGCAGAAUAAACAAUUUACACUUUUCAAAAGGUUAUUACAUCUCCCAACAAUAAUGACAACACAUUGGCUUUUACACGUUGGCAUAUUACUAAUACUCGCAGGCACCUCGCUGGGCGCUUCGAAACGCUUCUUCACAGACUUUCUGCAAGAUCUACCAACUCCGGGAACAGGGGGACCCACAUUUGAUACAAGCAUCACUAGCAACAUAACUGGCCUUGUUGGCAAAACAGUGAAGUUGACUUGUCGAGUGAAGAAUCUUGGCAAUCGCACGGUCUCAUGGGUGCGACAUCGGGAUAUACAUCUUCUGACAGUUGGUCGAUACACCUACACAUCGGAUCAGCGAUUUGAGGCAAUGCACUCGCCACAUGCCGAAGACUGGACUCUUCGCAUUCGCUACGCUCAGCGGAAGGAUUCAGGAAUCUACGAAUGCCAGAUCUCGACGACACCUCCGAUCGGACACUCUGUCUACCUAAAUAUUGUGGAGCCUAUUACUGAGAUCAUCGGUGGUCCCGAGAUGCACAUUAACAAAGGAUCCACAAUCAACUUGACAUGUAUUGUCAAGUUUGCUCCGGAACCGCCAGUCACAGUCAUCUGGUCCCACAAUAGACAGGUAAUUAAUUUUGAUUCACCUCGCGGCGGAAUAUCAUUAGUCACCGAGAAAGGAGUGCUGACCACCAGUCGUCUGCUGGUGCAAAAGGCCAUCCAGCAGGACUCGGGAUUCUACACAUGUACACCAUCCAAUGCCAAUCCGACGUCGGUGCGCGUGCACAUCGUCGACGGCGAACAUCCAGCGGCCAUGCAUCACGGAAACUCGGCGACGUUGCAGCCGCCAGCUCUGUGCCCCUUGGUGCUGCUCACGUGUGGAAUGCUGAUCUUGAUGAAGAUGCAAUCGGAGUCCUCUUGCUUCUCGGUUGUCUCUCAAGGUCCGACAAGGUCAGCGACAAAUGCCACAUCGCGACGUCGUUUCAUAUCCAUGGCCAGCUGUUCAUCACAACAACAACAACAACAACAACAAGAACAAAAUCGUGUGUGGCUACCACGAAACUAUCUCAAACGGAGCUUGGUUCUUCCCACAACAUAACUGCCGGAAUGUGUAGACAAAGUUGCUGAUUUAGAUACACACUUGGCAUCCGGUUUUCUAAGUUUCUAAACGCUUACCAAAUUUAACAUAUAUUCAUAUAUGUAUAUGUAUAUGUUACGUAUGUUGAACGAAAUUCAGAAGUCAGCUUGAGCUUUCGACUGGUCGACAUUAUCAAUUUUCUGAAAAAUAUGAAUAAAUCUCAAAAUUGGGAAAUUUUUUCUAAACGCUACCUUGGUAGAUGCAAGAAAAGAGAACAAAUAAGACAACUACACUAGCAAUAUACGUUCAGAGACAGAGACAGAGAAAGAGACAGAGAAAGAGACAGAGAGACGUAUAGAGUAAAUUUGUAUAUAGCGCUAUUAAUGUAAUAUUCAUCUUUUAUAUCUAAAGUAAAUAUCAAGAAAUAUGAUUAUGAUUUCUCUUUUAUACUGUCUAUUCGUUUGUUCGACUUCGCUCUCUUAACAUGAACAAGUAACAAGUAAGAAAGCAACUAAGGAAUACACAACACAACAACAACUUAAGCUAUACAUGUCUAAAACAAAAUACCAAAAAACAUCUAAAAUGGGGAAUUGUAAUUGUUUUCUUUUUCCUUAUAACGUUUUAUUAUACACUAUCUAAGCUCAAGACUAUAGUAAAAUAUAAGAAAGAAAAAGAAAAGAAAAAACAAGAUUUUGUGAACUAACUAAAGUUAAUUAUAUGUAGCCAAUAGAAUUUUCAUCUCUUUACAUAUACAUACAUAUAAAUAUGAGUAUAAACAUAUGAUUAUACAUACAUCUAUCUAUAUAUGGAGAUAAGUACGCUUACACACACAUACACAUAAAGUCGAAUACAUACAUAAUGAAUGUAUCUACUCGUAUAGUACUUAGCAUUAUUAGACCAUUAAGGAUUUCCAUAGAACAAUGGCACUUUUUUUGUUACAUGUUGCAUGGUAUCCUCAGAUAUAUAGAUACUAUAUAUAAUUCUCACGACCGAGUUCUUAGUCCGUCCGUCUGUCUAAAUCAGUUUGUGAAUGUCAGUCAGACUUGACUUGAUAAAUGUUGAAUGCAUUCGAAAUGCUGCUUCAUUAACAGAUUUAACUUAUUUAUUAAGAGAUCAUUUUAGACGCUGUACUUCAGAAGUUGAUAGCGUCUAAUAAGUUUGUCGACAUGUGCGUAAUUUGAUCGCGAUCAAUAUCAAAGUCAACAGAUAUCUCAACAACAUUUUCUAUUUACAAUAUGUGUUGUUUUUUUUGUGUUUGUUUUUAAUAAUUUCAUAUUCAAGCCAUGCUCUUAUGCCAACUAUGUGUGAGAUUACCUUCAACUUCCGAAAACAUCGUUGAGUGCAUCUUGUAAACCCUUGAUGGGUUAAAGGUUAGUGCUACUUAGAACUCCAUAGUUACAAAAACAUCGAUGUUAAAUAAAAAACCUCAAUAUAUCGAACCAAACUGAAAACAUUAAUAGUAUUCGUAUUAGCAUCGAUGUUUUUGCAGCCCAAGUUAUAUGGGACACAAUAUGAUAGUGAUUUAAUUACACAUUCAGUCAUAUAUUUUCAAACAUUAUCAGCAAUUUGUAAAGAGUUUUUUACAACAAUAUCUCAGACAAAAAACGUCUCUGACUCAAACUUACUUUAUAUUAAAUUGCACUAAUGAAAAAUGGGUCGACUUUACAGCAAUUGAUCAGACAUGAAUAACCGAUUUUUGUUUUGUAAAACUAAGUGUAUAAAGCAUGGGGCCAAACAAGUAAACAGUGUGUUGUCUACAUCUCGCUUAACGGCCUCAAAUGGGCCGCUUUCUGAAAAGACUUCAAGUAAUGGGACAUGUUUUCUUUACUAUUCUUCUGGUAAUUUUUUUUAAAUAUGACUAUUAAACGAGAACUGUUUGCUGCUAAGCUAAUUUUGGUACUGAAAACUGUAUAAAGUGCAGAGGCUGUUAAACGAGAUAUGGUUGUAUAUUUUAUUCUACUCAGUGAAGUUAUUUAUGUAUUUUAAAUAAUAGUUGUCUAUACAAGUAUGCUGGAAGUCUAAAGGCAAGUUUUGGUUUGAGUUUUGCAUUUAAAAAAGUUCCUCUUGUUCCAAAGCAAUGUUAACGUUAAAUAUUUGAGUGAAUCGUGUCACAUAUUCUACUUUUUUGAGAGUCAACAUUUAUAAUUCAAAUUUUCACUUGCAAUCUGAAUCAUUUGUGUACACAUAAUUCUAAAAAUAAUUGUGGACAACUUCGAUCCUGCUCAUCUAUGCGAACAUCUACCAAGCUACCAAUUAUCUCGCAUAUCAAGUUUAUUUUAGAAUUUGAUAACAUUUCCUUCUGAAUACUCCAUCCAAAUUGUGCUCACAAUUUUGAACUUAGAAAAUACAAAUAAUAAUAAAAAUUCCUUUGCAAAUUUUUUACACAAUUGACUGGACGAUUCAAACCACUCUUAACAAAAUUUAGGUUAUCUUCAAAGUUUUUUGUGUUCACUUAAAAGUCAAAGUUAAUUUUAAACAUGAAAACAUGAUUUGUGACUCUGAAAAGUUUGCAACAAAAAUUGUCCAUACAUUUUCAGUGAUCUGUGACUCUGAAAAGUAUGCAACAAAAAUUAUCCAUCACCAUUUUUAAGUCCGAAACCCGUGAUUCAAGUUUUUAAUAAACUAUCUUAAAAAAUGAAUUGUUAAUUUGUUAAUAAUUUCAUAUAUUUAUUUGAUUACUUUAUAUUUUGUUUUAAAUCCCAGCCAUAUUCACGAAACUUUGGAGCAGCUGUCUCACUUAUUUGUUUCCAUACACAUCCUUAUUUUAGAAAAGGAAUGUAUAUUUCAUGUUGUACCUUGUUACUCAAUAAACACCACCAACAAGGCAUCUCUGCACCAUAUCAUUUGAGUAAGGCUUGAAUACGAACAAAUAUGUGUAACUGUAUGUUUAAAUUGUUUAGCAAACAAUUCUUUCGUCUGGAAAUCAGUGGUGCCACUUUUUGGAAAAAAAAAACAUAUAUUAUUGGACUUAAUUUGUUAAGUAUAUAUAUAAAACGUACAUAUAUAGUUAGAAUGGUGCUCUUUAGGUUAAAAUAAAAUGCGUGUUUUUUUUUGCAUUUACUUAGACAGUUACAGGCUAUAAGUUCGGUUCGGUAAUGUGGCAAUGACGGAAUAAGUCAGUUCCUGUUUUGAGAAAAUGCAACCAAAAUUGAUAAGAUAAUAAGAUAAUACGAACAAAAAAAAAGAAACAAAAAUUACAUACAUAUAUCGAGAAAUAUACUAAAGAAAAAAAAAUACAGUCUCAACUUUGCAAUUGAAAUGCAAAUUUUACAAAUUACAAAUUGCGCACAUUUAACAUGUAACAAACAUUCAAAUUGCCUUUUCUUUAAUUUUGUCAUUUCUUUUGACUGGCAAUAAGUUUAAGCAUCUUUUAGUUUGUCGGGCAAUACGUAUAAGUAUCUUUUGCAUUGUUGAUGUUGAUCAUAUUGUUGCUUAAAAGCCAUUUUAAAAAGCACAAGUCUGUUUUUGGUGAUGAAUUACUUUAUGCUUAGAUACACUUCUGUGCCAUAGUAAACAAAUUUUAAGUGUAGUAUAAAUGUUUUUCUAUUUUCUGUUUACAUGUAAUGCAAUAUUAUUUUCAAACUGCAAAUAACUGCAACUUCUAAGCUUCCGUUCAACUAAUGUCCAAUACACAAUUGAAAUAUGCAAAAAUUCAAAAAGACUCUAACCGUUAUUGUAAAUCAGAAUAGCCUUUUUCCAGUAACAUCACACCGAUUUUCCACACAUUAAAUCUGUUGUCAAAUGCACACAUUUGCUUCAUUAGUAUGAAUGUAAACAUUUCGUUCCAAAUGAAAAACUAAAAACACAAAAAAAAAACACAAGAAAAAAACAAAACCGAUUUUUAAAUAUGAUAAAGCUAAGGAAAACUCUGAUACUAAAUGGACAACAUUGGGGUACACCAGAUGAUCAGAUUUAAACGUGUCCCGCUUAUCGAACUACUCAACGUGUGUACUUUACAUUAAAGCCAUGUAUUUGAAAUGUAAGGAGUUGACGUACUAUGUAUAUAAUUAAAUUUAUUUGUAAAUAAAAACAAAUUAUUAAAACCAAAUUGAAGCUGUUGAUGAAUAUCUGAUGAAAAGAAUGUCAUUGCAUGCCAUUGAUAUUUGAGCAUAGUAUUUAAAUAAGAUAACUGCCAACUUUCGAUCAUGCCAUCAAUUUCUUUCUUUCAUUAAACACAACAACUGACUUUGAAAUCUAGGUGAUUAUGCAGACAGACGGGCGAGGCUAUAUCGGGUCAGAAUUGAGGGGUCAGAGAUACCUUCUACGCCAAUGUUAAGGACAUUUCUGUACAUCAAAGUAGCGAGUAUGAAAAUUAAUUCACAUUUUCCAUUCAUUUCAUCUUCUCAGACAUACAGUUCACAUUCAACUUUGGCAACUUUACAUCUCAAGUAAUAAAUCUCUAACAUAUAAAUAUUAUAACAGGCAUAUUAUGUACAUAACACUGAUGUCGUAUGGAUGAUCCCCAGUUCGUUUAUUCUAUGUGAUCACACAUAUUCAUAACUAUCUAUCGAGUAUAUUACAUUGGCUAGAUAAGUCCAUAUGUAUAUAACUAUAAGACUUAUAUGAUUAAUUGAAUGUGAGCCGAAUACAUUAAUCGAAGCCAAAAGGUUAAACUAAGAAUUACUAACUAAAGCACAGCAUGUCAUAGCAAUGUGUGGCUCGAGAAGCUAAUUCCAAUUUCAUAUCCCGAUCUGCGGCAUACCGCAGAUAGUUUUAUCGAAGGCGUGGCAAAGUUUUAAACCAGAUACAUUCUUUAUUUCCGCAUUCGUCUGCCCGUCUGUUUGCUUAUAACAUCUUUCAAAUGCAAUUAGAUCAAUAUCUAACAAAAGCUAACAUGAAACGAUCGGUCCAAAAUUAUUCUGCAAGAAAAACUUUUAUUUUUCACACAUUUCACAAGCCAUGAUUUUAUUUCAUGAAUAUAUUCUAAGCAAACGAUUACAGAACUAAGCUUACCAAGUUAAACAGUUUAUGUUUUUCUUGUAUUUCUUUUUAAUUUUUGCUUUAUUUUGAAAUAUCUUAAAAUCAUAAGCAGAAUUUUGUCGACAAUGAAGGAAUUCAUAUGUUUGGCGUUGUUGUUGCUAUACUCGUAAGUGAACCAAAGAUUGUAUAAUACCAAAAUUAUUUUGAGCUGCAGAGCCUAGACCAAUAGUUUGGUGUGUAACUACUUUAAGCACAUUUCGACAAACUUAAUAGACCCUUAUACUUCUUAGAUAAAGGGUAUACAAAUGAUAGUUAGGAACUUUUUAAUAUAAAGUUAAUGUCCUGAAUGUAAUUAUGUAUUGUUGUUAUAUUUUACGUGAUUGUGUAAAUAAAUAUGUUC